AAGGUCGAUGUUUCUAUGACUCAUUUCUGCAACGCAACUUGGUGCAUCAGGAAAAACAUUCCGUCUCCAUGUGUCAUUCAAUCGCUGUUUAUAAGACGCAUGAUUCUGUUUGAAACAGCGAUGGACACAGAAGCGGAUCUUUUUUAUCGUCAGCUGCCCAAAGUGGAGCUGCACGCGCAUCUUAAUGGAUCUGUCAGUUUUGAGACUAUGGAGACGCUUAUACAGCGCAAGCCGCAUCUGAACAUUGAGCACAGCAUGACCGCCAUCCGCCGCGGACAGCGCCGAACACUGGACGAGUGUUUUCAAGUGUUUAAAGUGAUUCAUCAGCUGGUUGAUUCAGAAGAGGACAUCCUAAUGGUUGCCAAAGCAGUCAUUCAAGAGUUCGCAGCAGAUGGCGUUAAAUACUUGGAGCUGCGUAGCACGCCACGGGAAGUGACUGAAACAGGUCUGACUAAACAAAGAUACAUUGAAACUGUGCUGGAAGCCAUCCGGCAGUGUAAACAAGAGGAAGUUGACAUUGAUGUCAGGUUUCUCGUGGCUGUGGACCGCAGACACGGGCCUGAGGUUGCCAUGGAGACAGUGAAGCUGGCAGAAGACUUCCUGCUUUCUAGUGAUGGAGUAGUAGUCGGACUUGACCUCAGUGGAGACCCAACCGUCGGCCAUGGAAAAGACUUGCUCUCUGCACUUCAGAAAGCCAAGAACUGCGGUCUGAAGUUGGCUCUACACCUCUCAGAGGUUCCUUCUCAGAGAGACGAGUCCGAGCUGCUGUUGAACUUGCCUCCUGAUAGAAUCGGCCAUGGAACCUUCCUGCAUCCUGAGGUCGGUGGAUCGGACAGCCUUGUGGAGAAAGUCUGCAAACAAAAUAUUCCUAUUGAGCUGUGUUUGACCUCUAAUGUCAAAGGUCAAACAGUGCCUUCAUAUGACAAGCAUCACUUCCAGUACUGGUAUAAUCGAGGACACCCAUGUGUUCUCUGCACGGAUGAUAAGGGCGUGUUCUGCACGGAUCUCUCUCAGGAGUACCAGCUGGCCGCCUCCACCUUUGGUUUGACUCAGGAGGCCGUGUGGAGGCUCUCCCAGCAGGCCAUUGGAUAUACCUUUGCCCCCGAGCCAAUCAAACAGAGGCUGGAGAAGAAAUGGGCGGAGCUCAAACAGCAGUUUCUCCCAUGAAGAAACAAUGACAGCUGUAAACUUCACCAACAGUCCUACCUCAGAGAGCCCAAACUGUGCUUUUCAAAAAUGAUGAAGGCACAUUGUUGCAGCUAAUUAUGUCGGUUUCCUCAAUUUCAAAGCACACACUGCAUUAAUAUCUUAAUACAUAAACAACCUGUGUUGUGUGAAACAGAGUUGGAGUAUUUAAAUUAAACUGAUUUUAAUAUUUAUGAUAGAUUAUUGAAUGUUUCUUGAACAUUAAUAUUGUUUUUUAAUAUUGUAUAUUAAUACAACAAUAUUAAAUAUAAGUUUAUUAAUUACA